CUUUAUUCGUAUAGUCGUGCGUGAUACCCGUAGCCGCGUACGUCAGCCAUCUUCAUAAGCUACGGGGUGCCUUGAACCUCGUUUGUACUCCGAUGAAGCGGAUCUAUUCACCGAGAUGAUUCUUUUAUACGAAGCUUCGCGCAGCGGCGAUUGUUACUCCAAACGUCCGUCGUGCAGGUUUAUCAUGUAGAACGACUUGUCUGGUCGAUGAUUCAUAGUAAUUUUAUUUAAACAAAUGUCUGUAUAAAGUAUUUACUAAAUCGUGAUUAAUUGAUGUCUUAAAAAUUUUCGUUUCUGUAUUUAAACGUUAAUCUCCCGUUUACUUAGCGCAGUUAGCUUAAUUGCCUAUGAUAAUUGCUUAAUAUUUAUAAAAUUGUAACAUAAGAGUUUAAUUACUCAUACGUCCAUAUAUUGGAUACGAAGGAAUUGUAUAUAAUAUACCGGUUUUAAUUGAAUUCCGCGUGCUCUUGAACGCCGGUCUUUCUUUAAUUAAUGCUUCCGGCACGUAACAACAUGUUCCUCGUGUGCGUGACCGUGGGACUCGUUUUCUUGGCGUCGAAAUAUCGCAACAAUGUGCUCCGCAGCGUCAAGCACUUGUGCAAAAAUAUCGCGAGUCGGGAUAAUCGUCGAAAUAAUAAGAACAUCGAUGAUACCGUAACUGCUACAAACGAUAACAACAACAACGAUAACAACAACAAUUGUAAAGAUAUUAACAACGAUGAAAAUUGUAAGAAUGAUAACGGUAUUUAUACUAAUAUCAACAAUAACGACGAAGAAAAAAGACUUCAAAUUACAUUAGACAAGAUUAUAUUGGCGGACUCUCUAGAGAAAUGCGACUACGCCGUCCAACGUAUUCGCUGUAAUCUGUCUGAAGGUGUACUAGGUUUCGAUUGUGAAUGGGUCAAUGAAGGACCUGUUUGUCUGUUACAAUUAGCCACUUUCAAUGGAGUAUGUGCUUUAUUUCGCAUUGGAAAGAUCGGAUAUAUUCCUGAUAAACUGAAGGAACUGCUAUCUAACAAGCAUAUCCUCAAAGUAGGAGUUGCUUCGUUUGAGGAUGGGCAGAAGAUAUUGAAGGAUCAUGGGUGCCAAGUUAGCGGGACCCUCGAUAUAAGAGGUUUGGCUGAAGCUAUCCAAUUACCGAGUUUGAAGAGCUUAGCGGCAAUGAGUUUAGAAUAUCUUAGUCUUGAAAUGGACAAAAUAAUAGAACUGAGGUGUGGCGACUGGGAGGCUAGCACCCUGACCGACGAACAAGUGAAGUAUGCCGCUUGUGACGCGAUCAUAUCCAUUCUCAUUUACCAAAAGAUAAUGCAGAUAAUGCAAAAAACUAAACAAAGGCUUACGUUAUGGCAGAGAUUCAAAAUUUAUUUAUGUAACAAGUUCAACAGUAAUGUAAACACACGAAUUCAUGGCGUACCUGCUGGAAUAGUCGAUACGAGGUUCAAGGCUCGAAGAUCAAGUAGUACUAAUGUCAAUACCUCAAAUUCUACUAAAAUAUUAGAUAGAAGUUCUAGUGCCGAACGUAAAAAUACAAUACCUACAAGGAAUAAGCCGUUGUAUCAUAAUUGUUAUCUACAAGCACCUGAUGGGGAGAUACUGUGUACAUGCGACCGCAAAAAGGCAGAAUGGUACAUCGGGAAAGGAUUGGGAGAACUCGUUCAUACAGAUCCCUACACGGUGAAACUGAACUUUGAACCAUCUGGUCGUGCAUUAGGCGAAGUCGGACAGUAUUAUACUCAAGUGAAAGUCAAUCAAUGUGUAGUCUGCGGAUGCACCGAAAAGUUUAUCAGGAAGAACGUUGUACCGCGAGAAUAUCGCAAAUAUUUCCCACUGGUGAUGAAGGCGCAUCAAUCCCACGAUGUGUUGUUGCUAUGUCCGUCCUGCCACGAGAACAGCAAUAAUAACGACCUACAUCUCAGAAGAAAGCUGGCAGAAUUGUGCGAUGCACCUUUGAUCGGACCGUUGUCACAUAUGCGAGAUAAAUAUAUGAGUAACUUUCGAAAGCUUCAGUCAGCCGUUAAGGUAUUGAAACAAGGGUUAUCGGUACCUCAGCGACGACGCGAGGAACUUGAGUUUUACAUAUUGGAGUAUACGGGGCAGAAGGAGGUCACUCCAGUUAUGCUCGAUACCCUGCACGAAAGAUUGAAUAACGUGCCGAUUCAACAAAUGAUUUCUAACCAGUUUAAGUACCUACCGCACGGCUUAAAGGUGGUGCAAUAUUUCCAAAAGCAGGAAGGUGGGCUAGUUGAAUUGGAGCGUAUGUGGAGAGAACAUUUUCUUACCACUAUGAAUCCGAAAUAUUUACCGAACUUAUGGUCUGUACGUCACAAUCAGGAGCGGUUGAUCAUGCGCCAAGCGCAAAAUCGAAUCGAACCACAGGAUGCGAAAAUUGCUGGACUAAUAGCGGUGUAAUUUAAAAAUUGUACCUGUAAGGACUCGUAUAAGAGCGAGAACUUCAAAGAAGACUGUUAUAUUACUCGAUAUAUGCUUGAAUAUAUAUAUCUAUGAAUUAUCUUUUUA